AUGGAUAACUAUUUACAGUUUUUUAAUCAUUUUGUAGAAACCAAUUACUCAAGCAAUGAAGAGCUCAUAGAGAAGUUGAAAUCAAAGUAUUCAAUAGAUAAUCUAGAAGUUAUAGAUGCAUUAAUUACUAUACCAAGAGGUGAUUUCAUACCUGAAGAACUUACCGAACAAGCUUAUCAUGAUUCACCUAUUAGAUGUAGUAGAUUAGGAUUCAAUAUUUCUGCUCCACAUAUUUAUAUAAAUUGUUUAGCAGAGUUGGAUAUCAAACCUGGUAAUAAGUUCCUUGAUAUCGGUAGUGGAUGUGGACAUUUUACAUGUCUAGCUGGAUACUUAGUUGGUCCAUACGGACAAAGUCAUGGACUAGAAAUCAGUGAAGAGAUUUUGAAUUUCGGUAGAGACAAUCAAAUUAGAUUCUCAAAUAAAUCCGGUAUCGAUUUGAGUAAUGUCGAAUUCAAGUUAAGGAAUUGUUUUCUACCAGAUAGGGAUGAUAUUCUUUAUGAUAGAAUUUAUGUAGGGUCAGCAUGUCCAAAAAAAAUGAUGGCAAGAAUAUUGGAUAGAUUGGCGCCCAAUGGUAUUCUCAUUAUUCCAAUCUCUGAUGAACUGAGAAAGUAUACAAAGGAUGAGAAGGGUGAGUACACCAAGACCACUCUCCUGGGAGUAAGAUACUCUGAACUACAGAUACCAACCGAUCAAGAAAUUGAGAAUGCAAACUUUCUAGUGGAAAGAGAGAGGAAAUUAGAGAUAAAGAUUCCGUCGGAGAAUCUGUCGAAAUCUUUUGGAAAUUUGGUGAAUAGCGAAUUGGAUUCCGAUAUCAUUUUCAUGGUGAUGGCCGAUGAAAAGCAAAGAAAGAUCAACGCUCAUAAACUGUUCCUCAGAGUGCGAGCACCGAAAUACUUUGAAUCGAUAGAAGAGCAGAGCGUGAUAGAGUUACCGAUCGAGCUUGACUAUGAGAGUGUUAUGAUCGUGAUGAACUAUAUGUAUUGUGGCGAGGAGCCAAUGGAGGUAAUCAAUCAGAAAGCGGUACUUGCAUUCAGAGAGCGACUCUCCAGCGUCGUACUGGUAUGCCAGUAUUUCGAGCAGUUGGAACUGCUUGCCUAUUGUCAAGAGUUACUCGAGCUCUACAAAGAGGUCCAAAGCGACUCGGACAAACUGACAAUGGUCACCCCAAAGACCAAACAUCACUUUGAACAACUGCGAUGCACCGCCAAACGCACCUUACAAACUCAAAUGUUGGAACUAUCGACUUCCUCAUUGAACUCUGACAUAACUCUAUCAGUUGGUGGAAGUAAAAUCAAAUGUCAUAAACUUAUACUAAAGUCAAGAUCCAAGUUUUUCAAGUCAUUCUUUACUUCCGGUAUGAAAGAGACGUUCAGUGAUAUGAUUGAAAUACAUGGUCCUUUCGAUCUAUCUAGUUUUAUAGAGUAUAUUAGAUUUGUAUAUAGUGGUGAUAAAUCAAUUAUCAAUAGUGAUAAUGUUAUAGAUUUGAUGUGUGUCUCUGAUUAUUUUAAUGAUAAUUGCUUAAAGAGUCUGUGUGAAGAGUUCUUGGUAGGUGUUUUAGACUCUUCGAAUGUGUCUUCGUUUUUACAAGCCAGUUCAAACUAUAAUGCUCUUCAGCUGAAAGCAGUUUGCAUGGAAAAGAUAUUUGAGGAAUUUGAUACAGUUUCGAAAAUGGAAUCAUUUAAACAAUUGGACAAAGAUCUAAUAGUGAAUUGUCUCUCUGAAUGCUGUCAAUACUUUAAAAAAGUGGUCAACAAACAACCAGUGGGAACAGGAACAGGAACCUCAGUGCCAACUUCACCUUUAUUUUAA